CAAUACUGUGUGGUUGUGUCAUCUGUAAAGAUAACAAUAUUUUUUAUGCCUAAUUUGAGAAAAUAGUUUCUAGGUUUAUGUUUAGUUUUUAUUUUUAAUAUGAAUCCAAAAAGUAUUGAAGCUAGGAGGAGAGAUGAAAAUCCUUUUGAUGGCUUAAAAAUAGCUACUUCUGAUAUUCUAAAUACUUUAGAAAGGCGAAGUCCAUGUCCACGUUGUGGUAAAUCACGCAUGUAUUUUUGUUAUACUUGUUUUGUACCUAUUUCUGAAUUGGAAAGUAACAUACCUUCAUGUAAACUGCCUAUAAAAGUGGAUAUAAUUAAACAUAAGCGGGAAAUUGACGGUAAAAGCACAGCUGCUCAUGCUGCAGUAUUAGCUCCAAAUGAUGUGCGAGUUUUUACGUAUCCCGACAUACCAAGUUAUGAAAAAGAAGAAAGAGUAGUACUCCUUUUUCCGGGGAAAGAUGCUUGCACUGUGAGAGAAUUAUAUACGGGGAGAGAUAAUAGUGCAUCCUAUGCAGAAAAUCUUCUUGCUGAACUACCUCAAGGUUAUAAUGUAGGUACAUUGAUGAAAAAAGUCUUCCAAAACAAUAAAGAUGAAAAUGAAAUAUAUCAUUCUGACGUUCUACCUGUAGAUAGAUUAGUAUUAAUAGAUAGUACAUGGAAUCAGAGUCGAGGAAUUUUUGCUGACAGCAGAUUACAAGUUAUACCAAAAGUUGUAUUACAAAACAGAGUAUCUCAAUUUUGGCGACAUCAAAAAUGUAGUCCAAGGUGGUAUUUGUCUACAGUUGAAGCUUUACAUCAGUUUCUAUUAGAAUUGCAUAUUUGUGCUUGGGGUUGUGAUGAAGGUUAUACAACAGAGCUUACUAUGAAUUGUCCUGUGCAUAGUAAAGAAUUCCACUCACAGUGUUACCCUUAUAAUGGACAAUAUGACAAUUUAUUAUUUUUUUUCAAAUUCAUGUAUGAAAAAAUUCAUACUCUAUAUAAACAUGAAGAUAUGUUGGCGUACAAGAGACCGAUGGAAGUGUAAAAUGGGAAUGUAGAAAAUAUAACUUUAUAAAUUUUAAUGCAAGUUUCUCCAGUUGAUUAUAGUUUGAUUUAAUUUAUGAUGAUUGAUGUAAGUUUCAGUCUUAUUACUUAAGUAUAAUAUUUUGAAUGUGCGGGUGAAAUAAGAUGCUGAAACAGUAAUUAGUAUCUAUUUUAUUGAGAUAAAUAUGGAUCACCAACCGGAUCAAAAA